UCUCUUUCUCUCUCCCUCCACCUGCUUAUUAUGUGCAUUUCUUUCACUGUACUUUUUGGAGAUAGAGAGAGACAGGGAGACGCAGAAAAUAACUAAUCAUCAGGCACACAACAAAGAGAAAGAGAGAGACAAUCUUGGGUCUCAGGAAUCAAAUGGGUUCGUCUUCAGGUCAGAGCAGUGGCAGCUGCGAUCUCUCAUUCAAGAUCUUAUUGAUCGGUGAUUCCGGUGUGGGAAAAAGCAGUCUCCUUGUCAGCUUCAUCUCCAACUCCGUCGAAGAUCUUUCACCCACCAUUGGUGUGGAUUUUAAGAUCAAGCUGCUCACAGUCGGCGGGAAGAAAUUGAAGCUCACAAUUUGGGACACUGCUGGACAGGAGAGGUUCAGAACAUUAACAAGCUCUUAUUAUAGAGGUGCCCAAGGGAUCAUUCUUGUUUAUGAUGUUACGCGUAGAGAUACAUUUACAAACUUAUCAGAUGUAUGGGCUAAAGAAGUGGAACUCUACUCGACUAAUCAGGACUGUGUCAAGAUGCUUGUUGGAAAUAAAGUUGAUAUAGAUUCUGAAAGAGCUGUAAGUAGAGAGGAGGGAAUAGCACUAGCAAAAGAGCUCGGAUGUUUGUUACUUGAAUGUAGUGCUAAAACUAGAGAAAAUGUGGCGCAAUGCUUUGAAGAACUUGCAUUAAAGAUAAUGGAGAUUCCUAGUCUUUUGGAAGAAGGAUCUACUGUAGUGAAGAGAAACAUUUUAAAGCAGAAACAGGAACACCAAGAACCUCCAAGUGGUGGUUGCUGCUCUUAAAAGCAAGACUCAGAUAUCAUGAACAGAUCAUGUACAUGUUAAUUUCUGCUGUCAUCGAGUUGCUUAAUUACUUGUACCAUUGAAAGUGGAAUAUUGGCACUCAGAUAACAUAUAUUAGCUUGUGUAAAUUGAUUGCUUUUGUUUUCC